AUGUGGUAUUGGAAAAUGAUGCUGAGAGUGAGUUGGAUAGAACAUUGUACCAACGAAAGCAUACUCAAUGAAAUAGAUGAAGGCAGAGAGAUACUCAAAACCAUCAGAGCAAGACGAUGGAACAUCAUUGGUCAUAUAUUGAGGCAUGAAAAUGAGCUUAUCUAUAGAAUAAUAGAAGGUAAAAGGGGCUAAGGACGUCCAAGGACAUCAUUUGUUAAACAAAUGAUUUUCGAUAUUAAGCUACGCUGAACUGAAGAGGUUAGCUGGGGAUAGGGAAGAGUGGAGAGAACAUGUCCAACUGCAAAACCAACCUGAAGGGUUGAAUACCAAGAGAGAUAGAAUUUGAUAAUUAUGUUUGGAUGUAUCAAUUGUCCCUUCGUUUUCAUGUUAACCAAUGAAGAACACAUUUGUUCAGAAUAAACUCGUCAUGUUACAAAAGCUGACUUACAAGUAUUGCAAUCACCAAUGUACCUCAACAUUUGUUUAGAUAAAUACCAUAUAAAAGUAAUUAAUUGAUUUUUAAUAUUUAAUAAUAUUUUACAUAUAAUAAUUAAUGGUAAAUGUAUCAUAAUAUUUUGUUACAUAACAGUUAAAUAAUAUAUUAGACAAUCUAUUACUUCAGCUUUUGUAUAAUUGUAUUUAACAACUUUAUCAAAUUCCCAAUCUUUCAUUAAUUAUUUUAUUUAAUUUUUACUUUUAAGUUUUUAAUUACAUUUGACUUUUUGGUUUAUAGGUGCCUUUUUCCAUAUGGACCUAGUCACACCUGCAUGUCAAUUAUAUUUACUGAGCAAAUAAUAUUUUUUAAUCUAUGAACAAUAUCCUUUGAUUUUAUUAUUGGUCAUUCCGAGAAUGUUUUUCACAAAUAACUUCGUUAGCACUAAAAUGAUCUAUCCCUAAAGAUUGUAGUCAUUUCUCCUUUAAAUGUUUAUUUUUAAGGAUAUUAAAAAUGGAGAGUUUCUCUGAGUUGUCACAAUGAAAGUAACAAAUUACUACUUUAGUUAAAAUAAGAUACAUUAAAAAUCAAAUACCUAUGUAUAAAAUGGAUUUAUAGUUGCCACUAGACAACAUAGACAAGUAUACUAGAUAGUAGACAGUAUUACGCAGUUUGCAAUGUUUGUAUCAAAUUGUGUUAGAAUUAUCGAUUACUAAUAUAAAUCUAUAUAACAUAAAUAAAACAAUAAUAUUAUUAUAUAAUAAUCCAACCUUAGUAAUUUAAAUGAUUUUUCGGCGGGGUGUUCCUAACCUCAAAAUAAGUUUACCCAGCAGCGCUUUUACGGCAACACGGGAAACGUUUUUUCCUUAUUAAACGGAAAUAUUGUAAUGGAUGGUAGGGUAGGAAGUUGUUUGACCUUAUCUUCUAAGACCAUGAUAAGGUUUAUCGUUAAAACUUAAUCCUUGUAUCAUCGAUAAUUUAGAAUUGAACUGAUAAGGAAUAACACACAUCCGUGAGCCGUGAAUUGUAUUGAAUCAGCGAUAACACUGAAUCAUUGAAUCACUAAAUUAUACCACAUUGAUUCAAUUCACUCAGUUCACUUCAAUACUAUAUUAAUAAUAUGUUUAUGAUUCACCUUCAUCUAUAAUUUUCAACUACACUAUUACAGUCACGAACUACCCAUGACCACUGAACUAUAUACUAUGGAAAGCACACAGUGCAAACAAAUUGAGUGGCAUGAAAGUCCGCCAUUGUGAAUCCGUUUCAAUUAUUUCCGAUAUUGUUCGUACCGUGACUAACUUCUUUAGUGGUUUUCGAUGUUGGCUUUUGACUUUACAUUGAUAACAUUAAUUUUUUGUUACCGGUGAUAAAAGAUAAUAAAACGAAAAACAAAAUUGUAUGGUAUGCGAACUACUUUACACUAUGUGCCUGAAGUCAGAAACCAUCUUCGAAAACCACUAAAUGAAGUUAGUCAUGGCAUCGGAAAUAAUUGAAACGGAAUUACAUUCGCCUGUUAAGCCGCUCACUUUUAUUAUAUGGUAAAUAUGCAUUAUACAACUUCCAUGGUAUAUAGUCCAAUACCCAUGAUCCGCCGUUACAUAUUACACAAUCAUUUUAAUGUGAAUGUGAAAUGUGGUAUAUAGUGUAGAAUUUCGAUCUAGAAUUGCCUUUUAUAAAUAUUACCUAUCUAAUUAUUUUUACGAUAGUAAUAUUAAUUUUAAUUGUAUUUAUAAAAUUCUGUGAUAUUCUUAAAAUACAAACAUUUUAUUCUUUGUGUAUUUUUAGAUAUUUUAUACAUAAGUAUUAAAAUGCCGAAGUCGAACAAGAUGGAUGGUAAAUAUAAAUCAGAUUAAAUUACCUGAGAUGUAUCAAUAUAGUUUAGGGUUAGAUACAAGUCAUGUUAUAAUAUUUUAGUGUUUUUGAAAAACCUUUUUUUUUUUCUAAAGAAAAUUCAACUUUAUAAUGUCACGUUAUGUUAAUGAAACAAUUUAAUUGUCCAUUUAUUGUCGGUAAUCAGUAUUGACAUGUUAUAUAGGCAUACACUUUUAGUUGAAAAUAGUACAACUAUAAAUUUUUUUUUAUCUAAAAAAUAUUUUAUGGUGCCAAGUGUCAAAAUACUAAGGGCAAUAACUUACUACUUAAAUUUGAUUCUGGUAGUACUAUAAAAUCUUAAUAAGCCUAUAACAAUUCAAAUUUAAAUUGAAUAAUUGAUUAUACAUACUAUGUAUAAAUAAAGUAGAAUAUAAAUUAAUAUUUCAUUGCAAAAUUCCAUGAUAUUUUUAUUAUAGUUUGGUUGAACUAUAUUGAGGCAUAUCUAUAAUAUUGGAUUGAAAUAUUACCUAAUACCUACUAUACACACUAUACUUGUAUGUUUUAACUUAAUACUUAUAUAUAAUAGUAUAUUAUAUAGUAAACCUAUACAUUUUACAGAAGAGGUUAUUGCUCGCAAGCUUCUCAAUGAUGGAGAUGGAAUUGGUGAUGACAGACGUUUAAAUUUGUUGUUGAAAUCAUUUUUAAAAUGGUGUGAUACUGAUUAUAACAAUCUCGUUGAAAGGUACAAAUAAUAAUUUUUAAUAUUUCAAUAGGGAUUUCAUUCUUGAAUAUCUGUAAUAUAAUCCAAUAUAGCGGAAGUAUGCUAAAAUAUUCUUCAAUACGUACCAUAAGUUAAAAUAUGCACUCAUAUGUAAAAAAAAACUCUUUAUAAAUAAAUUUUACAGGUUAUUUAUGUGGUAUAAACGGAUCUGUUACAAAACAUUAUCAAUAUAUAAUUAUAAGAUAGACAUGGUAAUGAAAUACAGUAGAAUGACAAUAAUAAUAUUAAGUAUACAGUAAUAAUAAUAGCAAUAGUAAAUACAAAUAAGUAACGCCAAUACUAGAGUUAUAAUAAGAUAAGCAUAAUUAUGAGUUAUAAAGUAGAUACUUACCAUACAACUUAAAAGAGUGUGGGUUUGGUGAGUUAUACAAAUCAUUUCCAGGUUAAUAACCAUUUGCAUAAUUCUAUCAUAGGAAGUGUUACUUGCGUGGCUGGUUACUUGCAGGCUUAAAUGAAAUAGGUUUUUGAAACGCAAAUAUUUCUUACUCUCAUUAAAAAACAUAAGUUUCUUAAAAAUAUGUUAUUGCAUACAAAUUUGGACUCUAGUUAUCAGAAACUCUUUUACAAAUGCUUGUUUUAAGAAAGACUUCAUCUUAAAGAUAUCAUUAAUAAAAAUUAAACAUUUAAAAAUAUUAUGGUUAUUUUUAAAAUUGCACAUUUCACAACCCCCACCCUGUAUAAAUAGUCACAAUAUUUGAUAAACUAUCUAGACUUUAUCAUUAAAAUAAAAUAUCAAUUAAAUGAUUAAUAGACAAUAAUUAACAAUAAAUUAAAUAUAAUUUAUUAUAUUUCUGUGAAAAAAACUUAUUCAAUAUGUGUACAUGAUAAAAAGUAGUUUGUAUAUUGUAGUUAAUUUUAUUAUAAUUUAGAAUUAUUCCUAUUAUUAUAUUUAAUUUAUUUGUUUUGUUUAUUUUAGUGAUAUAGCUCAAGAGAAAAUAAUCAAUCAUCUUAAUUUAUGUGAACAUGCUAUGAAAAAAUCUAAAGGGAUUUCUGAAAGGCAUGACAAAGAGAUAGAAACCUAUGAAAAUAUCUCUAAGGAAAUUGAUCUUGAAACAGCAAAUAUACUUUCUAAUAUCAAUGAAACAAAGGCAGUAUUAAAAGAAGUAAAAACUAAUAAACGAAAUAAAAUGGAGUGUGAUCUACUUAUUCAGCACAUUAAUAAAUUUCAACCAAGAGCUAAAAGUGCUAAAUGUCUUGAAGAAUUAACUAAUGAGGUCCAGGAUUUGAUUGUAAAUAUAUUGAAUAAUUUUAACAACAUCAUAAGUAUGAAAUAUUAAAGUAUUUAUAACAAUAUGUAUUUAGGCCACAAAAGAUGAAAUAACUAAAAAAAUUGAUAAAUUAAAAAUUCCAUUGGAUAUAAUCUUAGAUUCAAUUAAUGUCUUAACUGAAUCGCUUGAAGAGACCAUUGAAAAUUCGUCAAUUGGCGAAAACAUGUCUUCUUAUGAACCAAUUGAUGAUGAUGAAGAUCUUGAAAUCCUGAAUAGGAAAUAUGAGGAACCUAUGUGA